GGUUUUACAUACGCAUGAGAUUUCGAGAAACCCUUCUUGGUUGAGAAAAAAAAGUUGCCUUGGAGCGAUGAAAAAAUAAGUCAGUGAAGACGAGGAAAAAAUGAAGACGUCGCCAAAUAUAACCCAGUAAUUUAGAUAUCACAAAAGCUGUUAUAUAAUGCUCCUGCAGAGAUAUGUAGAUUAAUCAAUCUAGAGAUAAUGAAAGUUAGACAAGCGUGUUAAAGUUUGACGGGGUAGUUGAUAAUCAAGCUCAUAUUUUUUUUCUUCUUCUGGAGUCAAAGUUGGCAUCGAUAGCCUAAUUUACUUGAGGCGGGUGCGGAAGGCUUUUCACCCGACAAAAAUUAUGAGAGAUAGUCCGAUAAACCAUUAGAUUUUUUAACAAUAAUACUUUAUUUCUAUUUUACCGGGUUAUGUAGCGACCUACACAUUUUAGGAGCAGUGGUACGAAACUCUAUUGGGGUUAGACUACUUUUGAGGAUAGUUUACAACACUGGGCCAGACUACAACCGUAAGCUUUUCAAUGUUAUGAAAUAUUAUCAGAAAACUAACUACAUUUUUACAUUUGAGAUAUUGUAAACCUAUCCUAGUUAAUUCAAGUUAAAUAUAUUGGCGUAACACCGAGGUAAAACCAAACUCUGCUUCCUUCUCGGACUUUUCUUUGAGCUACUUUGAUAAAAGUAGUUUGCUCAAUCGUUGAAGUGGACUUUCAUUUUUUUCCCCCCUGUGCAUUACAAAAUUUCACGUCAUAAAUAUAUCCUAUCACCUACUCAGUUUUAUCAUUUCGUUUUUCAAAAGAUAGACAACCGUUGAAAGUAUUUUACGAAACUAAUCAUGUCUGCUGAGGAGGAGAGAUUCAAACUGGUCGUCGUGGGCGGGGGCGGUGUGGGGAAAAGCGCCUUGACCAUACAAUUCAUUCAGUCAUACUUUGUAUCGGAUUAUGACCCCACCAUCGAGGACUCCUACACCAAGAUAUGCACAGUGGAUGGGAAAGAGACACGAUUAGACAUCUUGGACACAGCAGGUCAGGAGGAGUUUGGGGCAAUGAGGGAGCAGUACAUGCGCUCAGGGGAAGGCUUCUUGCUGGUGUUCGCUCUGAAUGACACUGGCAGUUACAAUGAGAUCCACAAGUUCCACACCCAGAUACUGAGAGUGAAGGACCGGGAUGACUUCCCCAUGGUGCUGGUGGGGAACAAGGCUGACCUGGACCAGUCGAGAGCGAUCUCCAGAGAGGAGGCCCAGGGCUUUGCCAGAGAGAACAGGAUCCAUUACAUGGAGGCCUCGGCUAAGAACCGCUACAACGUAGACGAAGCCUUCCUGGAGGUGGUGCGAGCUAUAAGAAAGUUUCAGGAGACUGAGAGUCCCCCUCUACCUGCAAACCACACAGGAAAACGGAAGAGCGGUGGCUGCCCCUGCACCCUCCUUUAACUGCCCCCUCCCAUGGCAUAGCACUGUUGUCACAGAGACCAAAACCCCCUCACCUCACCACUGAUACAAGUCUUGUCUGACUUACCUGGAGGGAAAUGGGAGGAUUUGGCAAGGGAGGGGAGAGAUAUACACUUGGAAAUGCAAAAACUGUAUGGUGAGGUUUGGGGAAUUGGGCAGGGAUGCUUACGGCAAUGGUGGGCAAAGUGGUGGAGUGAUGUGUUUUCAUUCACACUUAUAAAUUAGCAUCUUCAAACUUUUUUUUUAUAUACUUUUUUUGUAUUUGUGGUAUUAUUUCAUUAUUGUGCAAGGAUGUAAAGGGAGAGGCCUUUGGCCUAGAUGAGAAGAGAGCGAGAGAUGAGUCUACAGACUGAAGAAAGAAAGAGUAGGGAUGGUAAAGAGUGAGAUCUCACAUAUACUGUGUUUUGGGUAGCUUCCUACAUUGGGUCAACCUGAUGGAAGUCACUGAUUUGACAUUGCUGGAAGGAAUGGAUCAUUUAGGAACUAGAGGGUGCUAUCAUUCAUACCUACAACAGAAAAUGAAAGGAGCCCGGUUAAACUGAAUCGACAAAUUAGAUUUUUAAAAGACUGCAUGGAAAAGAGGGAGAGCUGAAGCAGAAUGAGAGUGAAACGAUGUGUUUGAAAGACUGGUACUUUUCACAGUGUGGUAUCCAUGACCACAGAAUAUAUCAUAUUUUUUUUGCACAACUUCAACGUAGGCAAAAGUAGUUUGACACUAAAGUGCUAUUGUUUAUUUUAAAAUGACUGGGUGGAUGUUUAGGCAUGUCCAGGUACUUUUGUAUAUGCAUUCAGGUGUAGGCCUGCUUUUUAAGUCAUUUCUAUUGUUAUGCUCUUUGCAAAUGUUUAAAUGUCACACCGCUACCAACCAUGUACAUCAAUGAGAUCGUUUUUGAAUGGUAUUAAAUGAAUGAGUCAAAGCUAAUGAAAAUCUGCUGAAAAGCUUCAGACAAGGCAUCAACAUCAAAAACAGAAAGUGACAGAACAUGGGUAAGUUGACAUAUAAAUACAUCCCAAGAUUUACGCCCAUUGGUUGAGAGAGAUGAUGGUGAUAAUUGCAAGAGUGAUCCCAUAGGCUGAACAGCAAGCAUGAGGAAUGGGCAUUACUGUGCGGUGCUGAUAGGCUAUACGUUAAAUGGGUGAAUUACAUUCCGGACGUGGCUAAUAGGAAAGAGAUGACGCUAUGCUGAUGAUAAUACGUUCGUAUUCAUUCCCAAUAUGUCCAUACAAUAGGAAGCUAAGUAAGUUAUGUUUUGCUUACAUGAAGUUACUCGAACAGUCAGACCAGCCUUCCUGAUUUAACUUCUGUAAACUUCAUGUGUCUGUCAUGAAAUAACUUGUUUGUUUAGAGAGGAUGUAGCACUGGUCUUGCAAACCUUCAUAUAGAUGUAAUUAACAUAUGACUAUCCCUUGUGUGAUAUUUCACACAAAGCAGGAUAGCCAUCUAACGUUCUGAAAUAUUCUGAAUCUGCUCCAAAUUUGAGUUGAAUCGGACUCAACUCUGACCCUAAAAAUAUUUGAGCUGUUUUGAUUAAUAAUUUGAGUUAUUGAUGAUUGGUUCUCAAAGCUGGCCAUCUUAUUUUCUUUGUGAACGAGAACCGUGUUGAUGUUGGAUCCACAUUUGUCCCACGUUGUUCUUUACCUAAUUAUAAAAUAAUGCAUUGACUCAGUGCUAUUAAUGCAGUGUAAUAAACCACAAAAAAGUAUUGUACUUAAAUCUGUUAUGUUUUUAACAGCAGAACGCCGUUUGUAUUCUUAUACCAAUGAAUCUCAAACUAUAUCAAACUUGCACCCUGUAAUCCAUCAGUAUCUGCCAUGUGUAUUUUGUACUGAAAUAAACCAAAUACCUUUUGUACACGUCAAAAUAAAAAAUACAUUUACUCUAA